UUAUUAUUGGAAUAAAGUGGUUUUUGAGCUUCAAGCUUGGGCAACGGUUGUUACCGUUGAUUGUUAUUUUUUUCUGCUCUCAUCAAUUGGUCCGACCUGCUGGAUCACGUCCCACCAAGAUGACAAGAUCUCAGAGCGAUCGAUUGACAGAGGUAGAGACAGACCAAACCCGAAUGGGAGAGGAGCAAGCCCGAUUGGCGAUUGAGCAGAAUCGGAUGAAUCACACCCUGGAAGAACACGACAUGCGGCUGGCUGAAAUCGCCGCCUCUCUGGCAGCGCUAACCCAGGCCCUUGUGCCGCCGAUCUCGCCGAAAACUUCCACUGCUGUAGUCGGAAGUGCUGCUGUGACAACACCCAUCGUCGACAACCUGCCGCACAUCACCGACCACACCUUGCUGCCAACGUUUGACAGAGAGGACCCGAUCGGGUGGAUAGCUUGUGUUGAACAACAAUUUGAAUUAAACGGAACCCUAUCAGAGAAAAAGGUGGCAGCCGCUGUGGUUGCCAUGGAAGGAGGGGCCCUCUACUGGGUAACCUGGCUGAAAGCAUGCAAACCCAGCAUGACAUGGGAAGAAUUCAAGCAAGCCCUGGUGGCCAGAUUUGAUUCCCGAUUUCAGGGGAACAAGUUUGAACGGUUGUCUGGAGUCAAACAAAUUGGGUCUGUGGAGGAUUACAAUACCUUGUUUGUUCAACUGGCUAGCCAAGUUCCGGGAUUGACCGACGAUCAUUAUUUGGGAUACUAUAUGAGUGGACUUAAAGAAGCAAUCUGAAGCUCGUUGCGCUUAUUUCGAUCGGAUAACCUUGAAGUGGCCAUGGAAUUAGCUCAAGAUGUGGAGCAUAACCUGUCCAUUCAGAACGGAGGUAGAGGAGGUCCAAAUUAUAUUUCCACAGGGUCACUUUCCACCAGCUAUUGCCGACCCUACACGGGCCACCCGCCAACUGCUAAUGGUGUCAGCUCGCGCAACUCCAGUGGCAGCCUCAAUAAGGCCACUGGACAGACUGUGGGGAAAUCUUCACCGGCUGUGGGUUCCACUUCAGGGCAGUCCGGGCAGUCCAUCGCACGUUCCUGGUUCACCAGACUUCCCCCAAAGGCGUUAGAAGAGCUGCGGACAAAGGGAUUAUGCUUCAAGUGCCGGAAACCGUUUACACCGGGACAUGACUGCCCCUUUAAACAAUUAAGGGUGAUGCUAGCUGAGGAAGAUGAAGAAUUGGACCUGCAGCAACAUGAUUAUUUUGAGGUAACAGGGCAGGAGGAAUUCCCAGAGAACAACGACAAUUCUGAUGGCGGUGACGACGAUUUUCCAGUAUAUGCUAUGGCUGGAAUCUUCAGCCCUCAGACAAUGAGGCUCCGUGGAGUGAUUGAGGGGUGCACGGUGACGGUAUUGAUAGAUAGUGGUGCCAGUCACAAUUUUGUCUCAUCUUCAUUAGUGUCACUACUCUGACUGAACCCGGACAAGACCGGGAAAUUCGGGGUCCAGUUGGGGGAUGGGCAUAGGCAAGAAUCAGAAGGGGUGUGACGGCAGCUUGUGGUGACUUUACCAGAAUGCACAGUUAAAACGGACUGUUUUGUGUUUUCAUUGGCCGGGGUUGAUCUUAUAUUAGGAGUUGCUUGGUUAGCCACAUUGGGAGAAGUUCGAACCAAUUGGAAAAAUUUAACGAUGCGAUUCAAGCUUGAUGGUAGACAGAUAGAGCUAAGGGGCGAUCCAGCAAUGUGCAGAAACGCAGUCAACCUACGCACACUACUUAAGACCACAUAUAUCGAGUUUUGUGUCGUUGUUCUAGUGAGUGAGCCUGCCAGACUAUCUGGAGCAGCUGCUGGUACUGUGGAGGAUAUUCUCGGGCAGCAUACCGAGGUAUUUGAGGAACCGCGGGGGCUGCCACCUCGCCGUGCCACGGACCACCACAUUGAGCUAAUUCCUGGGACACAGCCCGUGUCAGUUCGACGUACCGGUAUGGUCAUUUGAAGAAGGAUGAGAUCGAGAAACUUGUAGACGAAAUGCUUCAGGCAGGCAUCAUUCAACCAAGUUCUAGCCCAUUCUCGAGCCCAGUUUUGUUGGUCAAGAAGAAGGAUGGCAGCUGGCGAUUUUGUGUGGAUUACAGGGAGCUAAACAAAUCUACGAUACCAGAUAAAUGCCCAAUUCUGGUGAUACAGGAGAUGUUAGACGAACUGGCUGGGGCGAUGGUUUUUUCCAAAAUAGACCUACGCUCUGGGUACCAUCAGAUCAGGGUGGUUGGUCCUGACGUACAUAAGACUGAUUUUCGUACUCACAGUGGGCAUUAUGAAUUUUUGGUGAUGCCGUUCGGACUGACAAACGCCCCAGCUACCUUCCAGGCAGCCAUGAAUGACUUGUUCAGACCCUAUUGCGGAAAUUUGUGCUGGUAUUUUUCGAUGAUAUUUUAGUGUACAACAAAUCUUGGGCGGAACAUCGAGAUCAGCUGGAAUUAGUCCUAAGCCUCCUAGAGAAGAAUCAGUUCAGAGCCAACAUGAAGAAGUGCGCAUUCGGGCGACCACAGGUUGAGUACUUGGGGCACAUUAUUUCUCAAGAAGGGGUAGCCAUGGAUCCGGCUAAAGUUAGCGCGGUGAUGGAUUGGCCGUCACCGAAUUCUGUCCGUGAGGUUCGUGGAUUUUUAGGACUGACUGGAUACUAUAGGAGGUUUGUGAAAGAAUAUGGGCUGAUUGCACGACCACUCACGAAUCUUCUGAAAAAGGAGGCAUUAGCUCAGUUUUAUUGGUCCCUAGAGGCCGAGGGGGCAUUUAGACAGCUCAAGAAGGCUUUAACAGAAGCACCGGUGUUAGCCAUGCCCCAAUUUGACCGUCGAUUUGUGGUGGAAUGUGACGCAUCUAGAACUGGGAUCGGAGCAGUACUUAUGCAAGAGCAGAGACCUGUUGCUUAUUUUAGCAAAUCAUUGGCGGACAGAACCCUUUCCAGAUCAGCCUACGAGCGAGAGAUGAUGGGGUUAGCAUUAGCCGUGCAGCAUUGGCGGCCAUAUUUAAUCGGGCGAAAAUUCGUGGUGCGCACAGAUCACCGCAGUCUCAAGCAUCUGCUCACUCAGCGCAUAGCGACCUCUUCCCAGCAGAUCUGGGUUGCAAAAUUAUUGGGUUAUGAUUUUGAGAUUGAAUACAAGACAUGGGUUUCUAAUACGGCUGCAGACGCUCUAUCUCGUAAAGGGGAAAUAAUGGAUCUAGCCGCGGUCAGCAUGCCGGAGUGGUUGGGACUAGCUGACAUAGAAGAGGAGCAAAAGAAAAAUAAUUUUUUACGAGAAAUUAUACAGACAUUGGCAACCGAUCCAGCUAGUGUACCAGGUUAUGAAGUAAUUGGGAGGCGUCUGUUCUACAAGGGCCGAUUGGCCCUGGCUUCGGACUCUAAAUGGAUUCCUCGCCUAUUGGAGGAAUUCCACGACACGCCAACAGGAGGUCACGCUGGCGCACACAGGACAUACAGAAGGCUAGCAAUGAACGUGUUCUGGAAGAGAAUGUUCCGCCAAGUACACGCUUAUGUUGUUCAAUGUUUGGUUUGUCAAAAGCCCAAAUAUGAGGCAAUGUCGCCGGCUGGACUGCUGCAGCCUUUACCUAUUCCCAACUUGAUUUGGGAAGAUAUUUCCAUGAAUUGCAUCACUUGCUUGCCUAAGUCGAAGGGGUACGCAUCCAUUUUAGUGGUGGUAGACCGAUUGUCCAAGUAUGGGCAUUUUAUUGCCCUAAAAACUCCGAUCACAGCACGAUCAGUGGCUGAAGCCCUCUCCAGAGAAGUAGUCAGGUUACAUGGCAUUCCACGUUCAAUUGUGAGUGACCGGGACUCCCUGUUUAUAAGUGCAUUCUGGAAGGAGCUAUUUUUCUUGUCUGGUACGCAGUUAAAAUUUAGUUCAGCUUAUCACCCGGAGACAGAUGGACAGACAGAAGUGCUGAAUCGUGUGUUAGAGACAUAUUUUCAUUGUUUCACUUGUGAGCAGCCGCGGCAGUAGGCGCGUUGGCUGUCGUGGGCUGAAUAUUGGUAUAAUACCACGUUCCAGACGACAGCAAGAAUUUCACCGUUUGAGGUGGUUUACGGCAGGCCCCCACCCACUAUUCGCCGAUUUCUGCCAGGAGAGAGCACGAUGGCAGCAAUGACAGAAGUGCUAGCUGGGCAGCAAGGAUGUCAUGUUGAAGAGACUGAAAGAAAGUUUACAGAAAGCCCAGCAGCGCAUGGUGACCCAAGCUAAUAAGCACCGUCGCGACGUGGAAUUUCAGGUUGGAGAUAAAGUGUUUUUGAAGGCGAGACCUCACCGCCAGACUUCUCUAUUCCGGCAGUCUUACAAUAAUCUAUCCGCCAAAUUCUAUGGGCCAUUUUUUAUUGAAGCAAGGAUUGGACCGACAGCCUAUCGUCUAGCGCUACCAUCCAGCAGCCGUAUCCACCCGGUUUUUCAUGUAUCUCAGUUGCGGAAGGUGGUAGGCGAUCAUCCGAUAGAGAAUGAGUUGCCAGAAAGUUUGGAGCUACCAAUAGGCCCACUGUUUGAGCCUGAAGAGAUAUUAGCUAGCAGAAAGAAAAAUGACAAGGAGGAAGAGCUUCUGGUUAGAUGGGUAGGGCAGUCGAUUGACGAUGCUACAUGGAUGGAUAAAGCAAAUUUUGUGGGUCAAUUUCCAGAUUUCAACCUUGAGGACAAGGUUCUUUCAAAGGAGGAUGAAGUUGAUAGAGAGCAGGCGGAGCCGACUGAGGCAGAACAGGGCCCGAGGCCCUUGUUGGUCUACCGAAGGCGGGGACGGGCUGGAGCCCACCUCCGUGGGCUGGAUAUUUAAUUGGCUUGAAUUAAUUACCUAGUUAUUUCCUGUUAUUAUGUUUCCUAUUUUAAUUAAGUUUCCUAGUUAUUUCCUUUUAUUAUGUUUCCGAUUUUAAUUAAGUUAUUUAAUUAGGAGUUCUACCUUAAUUAGAAUUAGUAGGCUAUUUAUACCCCUUAAGAGGGUUAUUAGAGGAGGGAUUAUUAUUGGAAUAAAGUGGUUUUUGAGCUUCAAGCUUGGGCAACGGUUGUUACCGUUGAUUGUUAUUUUUUUUUUUGCUCUCAUCACAAAUAUAGUGAGUGAAUUUUGACAGGCUCUAAAGAAAUGGAGGUUAUUCAAGAAGUAUACACACUAGACAUAAAUUUCAGUUUUUUAUUUCUUGCCAACUCUAAUAAUUAUAUCAUUUUGGGUUUUUUUUCUUACUGAAAUAAAUUUUAGAACUUCAACCUGGGGAGGCUGUUCUGAACUGGCCUACUAGAAACCGUGUGGCAUUGGGCACUGCACGUGGACUUGAGUACUUACAUGAGCAUUGUAAUCCGAAAAUUAUUCACCGUGAUGUUAAGGCUGCAAAUGUAUUAUUAGAUGAAGAAUUUGAAGCUGUUGUGGGUGAUUUUGGGUUGGCAAAGAUGGUAGAUGUUGGAAAGACCAACGUGACCACUCAAGUAUGUGGUACUAUGGGACACAUUGCUCCUGAGUACUUGCAAUCUGGAAAAUCAUCAGAGAAAACGGAUGUUUUUGGCUAUGGAGUCAUGCUUCUAGAGCUCGUUACAGGUCAACGUGUCAUUGACUUCUCUCGCCAUGAUGGAGAUGAUGUAUUAUUGGUUGAUCUAGUGAAGAAAUUGCAAAGAGAGAAUAGGCUACAUGAUAUUGUAGAUGGUAACCUAAAGAGGAAUUACAACAUAGAAGAAGUACACAUGAUUAUUCAGGUUGCACUACUAUGCACGCAAGCGUCACCUGAAGAACGACCUGCGAUGUCAAAGGUUGUAAGAAUGUUAGAAGGGGAGGGACUUGCUGAGAUGUGGAGAGAAUGGCAACAUGUCGAAGUGACUCGUAAUCAAGAUUAUGGCCGUUUACAAAAACGAAUCGAGUGGAGUGAAGAUUCAACCUAUAAACAGAGUGCAAUUGAGUUGUCUGGUGCAAGAUAAAAAUGUUUGCUUAAUGUUAAUUUGUUUGGUCUUAGGAUGUGGUUAAAUCUCAUAUGCUUAGUCAUGUAUUUUUUGUUUGUAUAUGGGUAAUGUUUUCUAGUUUUUCUAAUUCUUAAAAGCUAUCCAUGAAGAAAACAAUUACCACAAACAACAUUAAUUAGUGAAAAGAAUGUACUUAUACAGUGAAGUUUUGGAAGUUUACAAAAGGGUGCUCGCUAAUAAUACAAAAUAUUGAUGUUAA